AUGCGUGCUUCUCUUGCCCUGGUGGCUGUCUACGCCGCUGUCACGGCCAGCGCAUUCCAAGGCUUCAACUACGGAUCCACCUUCACCGAUGGUCGGGCCAAGACACAGUCGGACUUCGAGUCUGAGUUCAAGACCGCAGCAAGCCUCGAGGGCACGAACGGCGCCUUCACAUCUGCCCGCCUCUACACCAUGAUCCAGGGCGGAAGCACCAAUGACCCCAUCUCGGCCAUUCCCGCUGCCAUCUCGACCAAGACUACGCUCUUGCUCGGUCUCUGGGCCUCAGCCGGUGAAGCCGCCUUCGCCAACGAGCUUGAAGCCCUGAAGAAGGCUCUUGUGCAGUACGGCUCUCAACUUGGCGGCUUGAUUGCUGGCAUCUCGGUCGGCAGCGAGGACCUCUACCGCCAUUCGCCCACUGGCGUUGCCAACAAUGAGUUCGCCGGCGCCGAACCCAACACUCUUGUCAAGUACUUUGACCAGGUUCGAGAGGUCAUCAAGAAUUCGCCUCUGAGCAGUGCUCCUCUUGGCCACGUCGACACAUGGACUGCCUGGGUCAACGGCAGCAACAGUGCCGUCAUUGACGCUUCCGAUUGGAUCGGAAUGGACGCAUACCCCUACUUCGAGAGCACCAAGCCCAAUGACAUCUCCGACAGCAAGGACCGCUGGGCCGAUGCCUUGGGUGCCACUCAGGCCGCCGUCGGCGGCAAGCCUGUCUGGGUCACGGAAACCGGCUGGCCUGUUAGCGGAAAGAUGGUCGGUGCUGCUGUCCCCUCGCUCGAGAACGCCAAGAAGUUCUGGGACGAUGUCGGCUGCCCCAUGUUUGGCAAGACCAACGUCUGGUGGUACACUUUUCAGGAUUCUUCUCCCACCACUCCCAACCCGAGCUUCGGUAUCAUCGGCUCGAUCCUUACCAACAAGCCUCUGUACGACCUCUCAUGUGACAAGGCCAGCUCUGGAUCGUCGUCUUCCGCCUCUGCCACUUCGACCAAGGCCGCCUCUGCCAGCGCUUUUUCGCAGACUAGCGGUACUGCGUCCACAUCUGCGUCUGCGCCUGCGUCUGCUUCAGCUUCGGCUUCCGCUUCUGAUUCUAAUCCUACAACUGCCUCCUCCACCGGUGGCGGCUCUGGCUCUGGUUCGGGCUCGAGCCAGCAGAGCUCCAUUCUUGGCACCGCUACCACCCUGACGACUGCCGUGCCGACCAGCGGCUCUGGAGCUGGUGGAGACGGCAGCGCAACGGUCAGCCUAACUAGCAGUGCAGAGCCAUCUGCUUCCCAGGGCUCCGGCUUCAGCUCCGGCACUAGCCGCCCCGGUACUAAUGGUACCGUCAGCGUGCCAACGACGGCGCCCACCGUUGUCCCUAGCAGUGGUGCUACUUUGACGACCUUCAGCGUCGUUAUGCUAGCCGGCAUGGCUGCCCUGGCCAUGAUGUGA